UACAUAGGCGGCGUGCAUGGGGACGAGCCGCUGGGGCGGCAGCUUUUGCUGUACCUCGCGGACUGGCUGUGCAACAACUAUCCUUCGCACCCCCUUGCGAGGGAGGUGGUGGAGGGGGUGGAGCUGCAUCUACUGCCGGCCAUGAACCCCGAUGGCUUCACGCUGCACACCAGGGAGAACGCCAACCGAGUCGACCUCAACCGCGCCUUCCCUGACCAUUGGUUCGCGGAGAUGAAUGCGGAGGAGGCGGGGCGGCAGGCGGAGGUGCGCGCCGUGAUGCGGUGGACACAGCGCCACCACUUCAGCGCCUCUGCUAGCCUGCACGGGGGAGCACUGGUGGCGAGCUAUGCAUGGGACGGCACUAAGGACAAAGGCACGCACUACGCUGCAUCGCCAGACGACGCCACAUUCCGUCUGAUGGCCACCACCUACGCCACCGCCCACCCCUCCAUGGCGCUCUCGCGUGACUUCCCCGGCGGCAUCACCAACGGCGCCUCCUGGUAUCCGCUGUACGGGGGCAUGCAGGACUGGAACUACGUCGAGGCGCGCUGCAUGGAAAUCACCCUCGAGCUGCACAUCGCCAAGUGGCCCUCGCCCUUCCUUCUGCCUCAGCUGUGGGAGGAGCACCGACCGGCCCUGCUCGCCCUCCUCACCACCACUGCCAAGAUGCCUCCAACACGUCCCUUCCUCCAUCCAACACCCUUUUCUUCUUGCCCUGUCUUGAUGCCUGCCCGCAUGCCCAUCUCCUCUUCUGCCACUGCCCCGGCCUGCCCCCUCAUGCUGCCUACCAUACUGCCGCACCUCCAUAUGCCCCUCCCCAUACCCUUCCCCAUGCCUCUCCCCAUACCCUUCCCCAUGCCUCUCCCCAUACCCUUCCCCAUGCCCCUCCCCAUGCCCAUGCCCCUAUACUCAUCCCCUUCCCCCCACCCAUCCAUCCCAUGGCUAACACUACACAUCCAUCUCCCCCCAUCCGCCCCCCGCUAUGACGUCCAUCUCCCCCCAUCGAUCGCCCCCAGGUGGGUGGGGCUAACUGCACAGGUGUGUGGGGCUAACUGCACAGGUGGGUGGGUGGGGCUAACUGCACAGGUGUGUGGGGCUAACUGCACAGGUGGGUGUGUGGGGCUAACUGCACAGGUGGGUGGGGCUAACUGCACAGGGCACGUCGCUGCAUGCCUCCCUCUUGUCUCUAACUCCCACUCCCCUGCCGCUGCCCGUCCCCCCUUGCUUCCACGUGCCCCCCUCUACGUGCCAGUGACCAUAUCACACGCGGGGCACGUCAACCACACCACCAACGUCACAGUGCUCGCAGGCCGCCCCACGCUGCUACACGUCCUGCUCCGCACCUCCUCCCCCCCCUCCCUCCACGCCCCCUCCAUCUUUCAAACCCGCUCCUUGCCCCCACCGCCCCCCCACCCCUCGGGGCUCGCCGCCUGGCUACCCUGGCACUGGGGCAGCAAGAGAGGAGACGCCACGGAAAAGCAGGGAGUGAGGAAGGGGGGAGGGCAGGGAGGCAGGGCAGGGGGGGCAGAUGAUCCGUCUCUGGUGCUGCCUUCACGGCAGCAGGCAGCAGCAGCGGCGGCAGCAGGGGGGGUGUUGAGUAGUGAUGAGGUGAUGUGGGCGGUGGGCAUGGGAAGCAGUGCAGCGCUGGCGGCAGCAGUGGUGGCGGUGGUGCUGCUGGGCGGGCUGCUCAUGAUGGUGGGCCACCGCCGCCGCCGCUUUCUCUUCUCCCACCGGGGGCUGCCUCUACGCUCGCUGCCGAAAGUGUGA